AUGACGGAGACGUUCCAGGCCUGCCAACACAAAAAACAUCAGUCAGAAACAAUCAAACUACUAACUACAGCCUUAACAGAGAUCUUGUCAAUUAAGGUCGAUUCACACAUACAUCAGUUCCGGCGCCUCACAGUCCAGUCAAGACACAGCAAAAAAAUGAUUUUUAAUGGAUUUUCUUUUGCCCCAUCUACACUCAUCCAGCGCAGUUCCCAUGCAGGCUGUAAAGUCAAAAGAUAUUUCCGCUGUAACGCCCGCACUGCUCAGCCUGCAACCCAGAGCGCUCCGUGCCCCCACCACUCCUCACUUUCUCCUCCGCUGAUGACUCAGCCACGGCGCCGCACCGACCGCACGCUCUCGGCUCAGCUUGCGGAACUUGAGACGAAUGCAAUCCCCAACCAUAAUCGUAGUUGUCUAAAAGUCAAAAAUUCAGAUCCGAAUUCACCUUUCAAGCUCAAUGAUGAUCUUCAGAUGACAGUUGAAGACAGCGAUGAAGAUGAAAUGGUCGUUGACGACCCAGAUUAUUUCCCCCCUCUAACAGUGGAGAGAUCAGUCGACACGGAAAAGGUUUUAUUAAAGGGAAGAAGAAUUGUGGAUAUUGACCAUUUUUCCUCACAAAUGGAAAUUAUUGCAUCCCAUCCUAAUAAAUGCACUAUGGGGAAAUACAAAUUAAAGAAAGAAAUCUGUAAUGGUCUGUACUCAACACUGGUGUACUACUGUGAUAAUUGCGAAAAAGAGUUUUCCGUAACAACUUCUCCAGCAAGUGAUAAGGAAGACAUAAACGAUGCGUUGGCCUGGGCUGCAAUGUCAGUUGGAAUAGGAUAUUCUCAAGUUGAAGAACUCUUUAGUAUCCUUGAUUUAAAAAUAAUGGGACAACAAAAGUACCAUAAACAUGAACAAGCAGUUGGAAAAGGGUGGGAAGAUUGUUUAUUACGAAAAAUGCAAGAAAACGCAGAGGAAGAAAGGCGAAUAGCUAUCGAGAAAGGGAAUUAUCUGAACGGAAUUCCCUUCAUCACUGUGAUUGGAGAUGGAGGAUGGGCCAAGAGAUCUUAUGGGCAUGGGAUGAAUUCUCUAAGUGGAGUGGGAGUGAUUGUUGGCGCAGAAACUCAAAAACUGCUGUAUCUGGGCGUCCGGAACAAAUUUUGUUUUGCCUGCGCAAAUCCCAAUAAAAAGAAAGUGGAUCAUCUUUGCUUUAAAAACUAUAACGGUCCUUCAACGGGGAUGGAAACAAGUGUCAUAGUAGAGGGGUUCAGAAGAAGCGAGGAAGACUAUGGACUAAUCUAUCGUAACUAUAUUGGAGACGGUGAUUCAAGUGUAUUUGCCCGUAUUCAGGAAGGGUGUUAUUACGGCAGGUAUGUGAAAAAAGUGGAAUGCGCAAAUCAUGUUACUCGCGCACUCAACGACAACCUUCACAAAUUGUCCGAAGACACUAAAUAUCCAUUGGAAACUCGCAAGCUCAUUAGUAAGCCAGCGCCAAAUGAAAGUAUAUCAAGGCUUGAACGCAUGGUAAAAGGUGUCCGUACAGCGAUAAAGGAAGCUGGCGUGACAAAAAGUUCGGAAGCGGUAAAAAAUUUGCGCCACGAUUUGCACAACGCUCCAGAUCACGUUUUCGGCAAACAUGACAAAUGCCGCUCAUUUUGCACACGAAAAACAAUUGGCGAGGAAAAUGUACUGCCCCAGAUGGAUGUAGACUUUUUGUGCAAAAUAAGAGCACUUAUUGGAAACCUAGAAAGUAAAUGUGACAGCCUGGUUUUUGACCAAACGACAAACGUCGCUGAAAGGUACAUGGGCUGCGUGGCAAAGUUUACAGGUGGCAAAAGAAUAAACUUUUCAACAGGUGGAUCUUUUCGUCAACGAUGUUUUGGCGCUGGUCUCGCCCACAGUGCAGGACCAAGCUGGCACUUGAGUCCCUGGAAAAAACUGAAAAACCGCAGUCCAGGGCAGGUAUUUAGAAAAAAAAUCCUCUCACGGGAAAAAAGAAAAAUUAAAAGAAAAAUUUUAUUUUCAGGAAAGAAAAGUAUGAAGAGAAAGAGGAAUGGGAAAGACGGUUCCUACGACAAAGAAUACGGCCCCCUAGCAGUAAAGGCAGAUAUAGAGGAGGUCGAAAUGGUUGCCAAAUCUAAAACAUUUCUGCAAAACUUGAGAAAUGAUAUUAAAAAUGGAAAUGAAGAAUGGGAAAGGAAAACUGUUGGGCAACGUAACAAUGAGUUAUGGUUCGAAAAAAGAAUGAACAGACUAACUGCUUCAAAGUUCGGAUUUGUGAUUAAACGCCUACCGCAUACACCUUGCCAUAAUCUUGUAAAAUCCAUCCUCUACUCAAGAUCAUUAACCUCAGAGGCCAUAACUUUCGGAAGAGAUCACGAAGACAUAGCUAUCAAACUUUAUGAAAACUCAACAAACAACAGCGUAGAGCCUUGUGGAUUGUUUAUCGACGUGUCCAAUCCUUUUCUUGGCGCCAGUCCGGAUGGAAUAGUUGGUGAAGAAGGCAUCGUUGAAGUGAAGUGCUUAGCUUCCGUAAAGGAAGAAACUUUGUCAGAAGCGGUAAAAGCUAAGAAAAACAUGUGUCUAGAGUUGUCAAAAGAAGGGGAAAUCAAACUAAAGAAGAAUCACAAUUACUUUUACCAGAUUCAAGGCCAGCUCGCAAUUACAAGCCGCAACUGGUGCGACUUUAUUGUCUACACAAAAAAGGGGGAGAUUUUUGUGGAACGAAUACAAAAGGACACAACAUUUUGGACCAAAAAUAUGUUGCCGAAGUUGACCAGAUUUUACCAGGACUGUUUGCUCCCAGAAAUUGUGGAUAGCAGAAUUGUUAGAGAAAUGAAAUGUAGAGAUCCAGUUUACAUCCUAGAAGCACAAAAAAAACUCAAAAAUGCAAAACAAGAAAAAGCUAAAAAAUCAUAGUUUUUAAAAUCCGUGCUAUCUAAUUCAAAAUUGGCCCAUAAAAUGUUCUCAAAUUAUUAAGAAACAC